GUCACGGGCAAGUUUAGAGGUGGCUAUAACCCUUUCAAUCAAGGUUGCUGUAACAAUUGUGCGAGUGCGCUGUGUGGGCCCAUGUAUCCAAGGUAUGCAAAAUACCAGCAUAGAAGCCCUUCGCUGAAGAUACAGAUUCCAACACUGAUGACGCCGCCUGUGGUGUCAGCCAAUGAUGUGAAGAUCACCACUCCACAUAAGAACUCCAUAGAGCUGCAGUCGCCAGUCAGUCAGCUGCCGACGCACAUGUACAACUCUCACGUGACGAUGGGCGAUGAGAUCGCGAUGCAGCACCGGCAGAGCCAGUCUCGCGACUCGGAGCCCAGCCCCCCGCACCCCGGCUCCUACUCGAACCUCUUCGACGGCACCGACGAGAUCAGCAACUACGGCGCCCUCUCGCCCAAGCGUUCGCCGCACGCCGCCGGCGCCCCCUACCAGGGCCAGCAGCGCGGCCCGCUAUCGCCGUCGUCGGCCUCGCGCUUCCUGCUCGGCAGCCCCGCGGCGCAGCGGGAAGAGGAGUUAUCCUAG